GACUUUUCCCUUCAACUUCUUCUGCUUGCAGCGCGAACCAAGUCCAAAACCAAACCAGGAACAAUGGAGCACAUUAUGAAUCCAUUCAUGUCGUCCGCUUAUCUGCUGGGCCACCCGCAUGCCCAUCCCCACUCGCAUCCCCAUCCCCAUGCGCACUCGCACAUGGGUGCCAAAUCGCCAGCCAGCUCGCCGGGCACAGCGGGCGUCGCGGACCGCAGCGCCGGCUGCAACAGCAGCGGCAGCAACAACCACAGCAGCCACCACAACAGCAAAUCCAGCUCACACGCCAGCUCAAAGCCGAAGCGCUGGGGCUCGCCGCCAAUCAACCUGGCCGGGCAGUUCAUCAAUCCGGCGACGGGCAAGAAGCGCGUCCAGUGCUCCAUCUGCUACAAGACCUUCUGCGACAAGGGCGCCCUCAAGAUCCACUUCUCGGCGGUGCAUCUGCGCGAGAUGCACAAGUGCACGGUGGACGGCUGCAACAUGGUGUUCAGCUCGCGGCGCUCGCGCAAUCGUCACAGCGCCAAUCCGAAUCCGAAGCUGCAUUCGCCGCAUAUUCGCCGCAAGAUUUCGCCGCACGAUGGACGCACCGCCCAGCAGUUUCCCGUGUUCCCGGCGGCUGCGGCCGCGGCCGCUGCAUUUCCGGGCCUCCUGCCGCCGCCGCCACAUCACCCGCACCAUCCGCACCACUCGCACCACCCCCAUCAUCCGGCCGUGGGYUACGGCCCGGCGGCUGCGGCGGCUCACGUCAUGUUCGGCGGACAGUCGGGUCUGCAUAGUCUCGGCCUGCUCGCUGGCCGCACGCAGCACGAGCGGCUCUUUGCGGAGGCGGACAUCGAUGCGGAUGGGGAUGCGGACGCGGAUGUGGAUGGCGAUGCAGAUGCGGACGCGGAUGCCGAGGAUGAGGGCGUCUAUGUGUAUGUGGACAUGCAUGCCAAUAGCUCCAGUCCAGCUAGUCAGGAUUGUCACAGCGAUGCAGAUGCUGAUGCGGAUGCGGAUGCGGAUACCGAGGCGGAGGCCGAAACAGAGCUGCACUGCAGCCUGAGCCUGGCCAGCAACACCAACAGUCACACCAGCUUCGAUGAGGAGGAUCGCGCGGAGCAGCCGCUCGACUUCAGCUUGCACAAGCGACGCGAGCCCGAAGCGGAACGUGAGAGGGAGAGGGAGAGGGAACGGGAACAGCCACAGCCACAGCCACGGCCAGCUGCUGCCGAGCCAGAGCAGGAGCUGUGCGAUGUGCGUCGCAUCAAACGUUCGCCCAGCCCCUGCGGCGGCAGCGGCUUCUCCAUGGAGCGCCUGCUGGGCAAGCGUCGCCGGCACGACAGCUGCGCCUCCAGCUCGCAGGAGUCGACGACGACGGCCAUCAAGAUGGAGCUGGAGCUGGACAGCGACAGUGCCGAUGCAGUGCAUCUACCCACCGACCAUGCCCACGAUCUGUCCACGCCUCUGGCACGCAAACACCUGCCCAGUGGCAGCGCCAGCGGCAGCGGCAGCGGCUCUCCCCAUCCCGCCCAUGCCGCCCACGCGCCCCCAGCCCCAGCCACACCGCAGAGCCCCCAGCCCCAGCCCAAUGCGCUCGCCGUCUCGGGUCAUGCGCUGGCUCCGUCGCCGCCCUCGCUGCUCUUCGGCAUGGACCUGGAGGAGCAGCAUCAUCUGCGGCUGCUGCAGACGCAGAUGUUUGCGGCCGCCGCAGCAGCCGCCGCCAGCAACAGUGUCGCCCAGUCGCCCGGCGCCGCCGCCGCUGCGCCCUGGAAUCUGCUCUCCGAGGUCUAUCGCUCGAUGCUGCUCAGCAGCAGCGGCGGCAGCGCCAGCAUCGCCGGCAUCGCUGGCAUCGCCGGCAGCAACCUGAAGGCGCCCCAAGCGGCGCCAACGACGCCGCAGUCGGCGCAAUACAGCGACAUGCCGCCCACCAAUGCCGCCAUUUCCGUGUAAGCGAGUACGCCGGAGGAUGGACGGAGACGCAGAGAGAUCAAGUAAUUAGAGGAGAGCCGAACAUAGGAACAGUUCUCAAUUGAUAAGCAGCAAACCCCCAGCGCGCUGCUCGCUCCCCCUCACCAUCCCCUUCCCUCCCAUUUUUUUUUGUGUGUAGCCAUGAAAUGGUUUUUAGUGUAUCCCAAAAAUUGAAAUUGAAAUUGAAAAUGAAAUUGAAAAUGAAAUUGAAGUUGAUUGAAGCUGAAUCUUGAUCUUGAUGAAAUGAUUAUAUUGGUGCCGUGCCGCACUUAGCUUUUCUACUCGUACUUGUGUUAUAUAUAAAAACAAAUUUAUUAUUAUUAUUAUUCUUUUUUUUUUAACAAAUCUAUUGCUAUCUCUAUAUAUAUAGAUAAACCUUUUUUUUUUUUUUAUAUUAUAAGAUAAUGCGACAUCUAAGUGUAUAGUAUUCAAUCCGUUCCUCAGUGCAAGUGCACCCAGUGUGGUCCAAAGAGUUUGUCUGUGUGUGUGUGUGUGUGUGUGUGUGAUUGCAUGUGUGCGUGUGCGUGUGUGUGUGCAACUCUUUCGAUCCACUGUACGGCGUACAACGAAGUAUUCAUAUUUAUAUGUAUCCACACAUAUACAUAUACAUAUACAUAUAUAUAUUAACUAAAAAGCAAAUAAUAUAUUAUGUAAUUUUAAGUGCAACAAUUUUUUUUCAUAGCCAAUAACUAUUUGUAUUUGUAACUAACUUUAUAUAGGCAUAUACCGCUAUACAUAAAUAUUAUUAUUAAAAAAAACA